ACGAUAUUCAUUAUGGCGGUUGUCGGGUUAAUCGGAAAAUGGAAUGUGAUUUUUGUCAUCACGUGACUGAUUUCAAGUAACUUUAAACUUCAUCUGUGCGCUCUGGUACUAGUCAAUAUUUUGGAUUGUUGUACGUGCAACUAACCAUAAUGGAUAUUGAAAAACUUACUGCCCUGCUGAAUGCUACACUUUAUCAACCACAUAGAAGCGAAGCUGAAGAACAACUUCAGCGAAUACAUAAAAUAGCAGGAUUUGGUCCUGCUUUAUUACAAAUUGUUCUUGCAUCAGAUGUUGAAAUGUCUACCAGACAAGCGAGUGCAAUUUACCUCAAAAAUUUAGUUUAUCAAAGUUGGGCAGGUCGUGAAGAUGAACCUAAUAAGUUUACUGUUCAUGAGCAAGAUAGGCAAAUGAUUAGAGAUACAAUUUUGGAUGUUAUUAUCCAAGUACCUGAAUUAUUACGAGCUCAGUUAACUGUGUGCUUAGUGACUAUGUUGAAACAUGAUUUUCCUGGGCAUUGGCCUACUGUGGUUGAUAAAAUUGCUGUCUGUUUAAAAAGUGAUAACACUUCAUAUUGGAUGGCAGGGUUAGUUGGUUUUUCAUCUUUAGUGAAAGCUUUCGAAUACCAAAAAGCAGAUAAAUCACCUAUUCAUGGAGCUGUUAAAGUUUUGCUCCCAAGUGUUUAUAAUGUUAUGGCCCAUAUAGUUACUAAUUCUGCUGCUGAAUCUGUAACUCUUCAAAAAAUGAUUGUUAAAAGUUAUUUUAAACUUAUUCAAUUUACACUUAGUUCUGAUUUAAUGGAAAGAACUACAUUUACCAAGUGGAUGGAAAUUAUGAGUGUUGUAUUAUGUAAUCCUGUGCCUGAAGAGGUGAAUAGAUAUGAAAUAAGUGAACGAGAACAAUUACCUUGGUGGAAAGUAAAAAAAUGGGCUUUACAUACAUUAUAUAGAAUUUUUGAAAGAUAUGGAAGUCCUGGAAGUGUAGCUAAAGAAUAUAGGUUAUUUGCAACUUUUUAUGUAAAAACUUUUUCUACUGGAAUUAUUGAAAUAGUAUUAAGAAUUCUAGAUCAAUAUCGUAAUAAAAUUUAUGUUCCACCUAGAGUUAUGCAAAUGUCUCUAAAUUAUUUAAAUCAAUGUAUUAGUAUUGCUCACACUUGGAAAAUUAUUAAACCACAUUUAGCUGCUAUCAUUCAAGAUAUUAUAUUUCCUCUCAUGUGCCAUUCUGAUGCAGAUCAAGAAUUAUGGGAAUCAGAUCCACAUGAAUAUAUUUCACAAAAAUUUGACAUUUUUGAAGACCUUAUAUCACCAGUCAUGGCUGCUCAAUCAACAUUGCAUUCUGCUUGCAAAAAAAGAAAAGAUAUUUUACCAAAAGCUGUUCAAUUUAUUGUUGGUGUAAUAACUUCAAAUGAUGCACUACCUUCCCAGAAAGAUGGAGCACUUCACAUGCUUGGUGCUUUAGCAGAUGUUAUAUUUAAAAAAGAUAUGUACAAAGAUCAAGUGAGCAGUAUGUUGUAUCAACAUGUUUUCCCAGUUUUUCAAAGUCCUCAUGGACAUUUAAGAGCCAGAGCUUGCUGGUUUAUUCAACAUGUAUGUGAUGUUAAAAUCAAUAACGAUAAUAUAUGGACAGAUUUAUCAGCACUUUGCACAAAUGCUCUAUUAACUGAUAAAGAACUGCCUGUUAAAGUUCAAGCAGGUUUAGCUAUUCAAGCAUUAUUAAUUGCUGAAGAUAAAGUUGAACCUCUUUUAGAACCAAAAAUUAAAGAAAUUGUGUUAGAGCUAUUGAAUGUCUUGAAAGAAACUGAAAAUGAUGACAUAACUGGUGUUAUACAAAAGACCAUUGCUAUAUAUUCUGACAAAUUAGGACCAAUAAUGAUGGAAAUAUGUCAGAAUUUGGUUAAAACUUUACUUCAAGUUCUCAAGUCUGAUGAUAUGAAUGAUAAAAAAGAAAUAACUGGUAUGAGUAUUUUAAGUUGUAUUGAGACUAUUCUGAGUGUAAAUGAUGAACAAAGCCAUACAUUAGCUGCUCUUGAACCAAUUGUUUUAGAAGUUAUUGUACACAUAUUUACCACUCCAGAACCUGAAUAUUAUGAAGAAGCUUUUAAUUUGGUCAGUGACUUGACCAAUACACAAUUGUCGCCAAACAUGUGGAAAGUGCUGGAAUUAAUCUAUGGAGUCUUUCAAAAUGAUGGUUUUGAUUAUUUUGUUGAUAUGAUGCCCUGCUUACAUAAUUAUGUUACUAUUGGUAUGGAAACAUUUGUUAGUAAUGAACAUUAUAUGCUGAUUAUAUUUAAUAUGUGCAAAGUUGUUCUAACAUCAGAAUCUGGUGAAGAAGCUGAAUGUCAUGCAGCAAAAUUAUUAGAAGUAAUUGUUUUGCAAUGUAAAGGACGAAUAGAUCAGUGUAUUCCUCCUAUUGUGGAAGUAGCUCUACAAAGGUUAGUUAGGGAAAUAAAAUCAUCUGAGUUAAGAGCUAUGUGUCUUCAAAUAAUAGUUGCAGCUAUCUAUUACAAUCCUCAGUUAUUGUUUGAAACUCUUGAUAAGUUACAAAUGACUAUGUCUACAAAUGAAUCUAUUUCUGUACAUUUUAUUAGACAAUGGUUACAAGACACUGAUUGUUUUUUUGGAAUUCAUGAUCGAAAACUCUGCGUAAUGGGAUUACUUACUUUAAUGGCAUUAACUCCUAAUCGUCCUGUUGCUGUAAAUGAGCAUGUUACUCAAAUAGUGCCUUCAAUGCUCAUGUUAUUUGAUGGCUUAAAUCGAGCUUAUAAUAGUAAAGAUACAACAUCUGAUGAAGAAUCUAGUGAAGAUGAAGAUACAGAUACAGAAAAUGAAUUGGCUUCUGACGAAGAUGAAAUAGAUGAAACCCUUGAAUAUUCAAAUGACAAGAUGAACAACUCUUUGUUAAAUACAACUGCUACAGAAAUAACUGAAGAUGAAAGUGAUAGUGAUGAUGAUGAUUAUGAACAACCUGAAGAAACAAUUCUAGAAGUUUUUACAACACCACUAGAUCAAGAAGAUAAUGCUGAUGAAAAUUUAGAUGUCUAUAUUUUAUUUAAAAAUGUAUUAUUGAAUAUACAACAAAAUGACCCUGCUUGGUAUCUUGCGCUUACUAAUCAUUUAAAUGUUGAGCAACAAAAAUCUAUCAAUGAAAUUAUGGUUUUAGCUGAACAAAGGCGUACUGAAGUUGAAAAUAAAAAGAAAGAAAAACUUGCAGGUUUUAAAUUUGAUCAGGCAACAGUUCCAUCUACAUUCAAUUUUAGCGAUAGUACCAACUCACCAUUCGCUUUUGGACGAUAAUUGGAUUUAUUGCAUUUUUUGACAAUUAAUCUUUGCGUUAACUAUUCAUUAUUAUUAUUAUUAUAUUAUUAUUAUUGUAUGUCCAUCCAUAUAAAAAAAAAAAAAAACAAAUAAAUUUAACAACCUGUUGUUAUUUAA